CACACGAGACACUGGCUGCUGUGGCAUUUUUAAAGCGAUGCAACAAUGUUUACUGGAUGCAAAAACUCUUCAUUUAAUCAUUUAAUUUAAACCUAAAAUACUGCAGCAUUUAUCCAGUUAAUAUGCAAUUGUAACUUUCCUUUACAGGCGGGAUCUCGGGACACAGUUGGGGGUCACACUCAGGAUGAGGGUUUGAGUUUGGGGGUGAAAGGGGACAGUUCAGAGGUGAUUAUUGUGUUGUCUUUGUGUAAAGGAGUGGAGCUCGAUCUCACAUCACUCUUCCCUCUUCCCCGAGUCCUUUCUAAACUCUCCCCCGGGUGUCUACCCUCCCGAACCUCUCCCCUUCUACCCUUACAACCCCAACCCUCCCCCCGAUCACUUACCAGCACACGAACCAGAUCCAUCUUGGUGACCAAAGACCCCAGUUCUGUUUCAACAGCUCAGUUGCAGUUAUGGACUCCGGUGUGAUUGAAGGAGGACUCAAUGUCACCCUCACCAUUAGGCUGCUCAUGCAUGGCAAGGAAGUCGGAAGUAUUAUUGGAAAGAAAGGUGAAUCUGUGAAGAAGAUGAGAGAAGAGAGCGGGGCUCGCAUCAACAUCUCUGAGGGCAAUUGUCCUGAGAGGAUCAUAACUUUGGCAGGUCCAACCACCGCCAUCUUUAAGGCAUUCUCCAUGAUCAUUGAAAAGCUGGAAGAGGACAUAAGCAGCUCAAUGACGAACAGCACAGCUACCAGCAAGCCCCCAGUGACCCUACGCAUUGUGGUGCCUGCCAGCCAGUGUGGCUCCCUCAUUGGGAAAGGUGGCUGCAAGAUCAAGGAAAUUCGAGAGUCGACCGGUGCUCAGGUACAAGUGGCAGGAGACAUGCUCCCAAAUUCUACAGAGCGAGCCAUCACCAUCGCUGGCACCCCCCAGUCGAUAAUUGAGUGUGUGAAGCAGAUCUGUGUGGUCAUGCUCGAGUCUCCCCCUAAGGGGGUCACCAUCCCCUACCGACCCAAGCCUUCAGGAUCCCCCGUCAUCUUUGCAGGCGGACAGGCGUAUGCCGUACAAGGACAGCACGCGAUUCCACAGCCAGAUUCUUCCUCUGCUGCUAUCUCUCCACAGCUCACCAAGCUUCACCAGCUGGCUAUGCAGCAGAGCCCUUUCCCCAUCGCACCCAGCAACCAGGGAUUCACUGGAAUAGAUGCUUCUGCCCAAACCAGCUCCCAUGAAAUGACCAUUCCAAAUGAUCUCAUCGGUUGCAUCAUCGGCCGCCAAGGAGCAAAGAUCAACGAGAUCAGGCAAAUGUCAGGCGCCCAGAUCAAGAUUGCAAAUCCAGUGGACGGAUCGACUGACCGCCAGGUCACUAUCACAGGGUCGCCUGCCAGCAUCAGUCUGGCAGAGUACCUCAUCAACGCCAGGCUUUCAUCUGAGGCCACAGGACUGGCAGCCAACUGAUAGGACACUGCAUCUGCACUAAAUCUCACUUUUAUAUCAUCGGCUACCAUAAAACAGUCAAUGCAACUACCCAACUCAAGAGUUUAUAUAUUUUACUGCCUCUUCCUCAUGAAAUCAUGUACACCCGCCUCUGAUUUGAUCAUUAUUUAUUUCCUUUUGUUUUGGUUUUUAGUUGAAAGAAGCAAACAAUUAGGUUUUAAAUUCCCUUUUUUGAGUAGAGAUGGAGGUUUUUAAUGAUUUGUUAUUAGACUUUUUUUUUUUUGGACAGAUUCAUCACUCUUCCCUUUUUUUUCCUUCCUUUGCCAUCACAGAGGAGUAGAGAAUGAAAACUCUGAAUAGGCAUAUAGAUUUAGUUCUGUACAGUCAGUUUUUCUUUAAAAAGGAAAAGACAAAAAAAGAAAAAGUAAAAAAAAUCAAAAAUAAGAAUAGAGUGACUGUUUUAUUCUGUGUUUAAAUACACAAGUCCCCUUCCCCUUUCCUCAUCCAGUUCCACGUCGGUCUGUCCAUUUUAUGUCCACACUCACUUGCUUUAAAUACCCCCAGCAUCCUCCCUCUUUUGUCACCUUUUCAACUAAAGUGCUUGUAACAUGAAUUACACUCGUGUCACUGCGGAGGAAACGUAGCUGUACAUGCACUGUCACUCAUUAUAUUUGGUUAUGACGACAAAUGUUCUAAUACUCACGAAUGAAUUAGCCAGAUAAUUUAAUGUGUUUUACUACACGUGUCACUUUUCUACCCUCUACAUGUCAUUCCUGGUUUCUCCUCUCUCCUGCUCCUCACAUCAUGUGUUGAUAUUUUGCUGGGAUUGGGAGGUUUUUGGGGGAUUUGGACUUGGCUCUAGGGAUCGGAAGCAGAGGGUUCUCCUCGCUUUUUUUGUAAAGACUGAUAUAUACUAAAAAAUAAUGUUGGAAUAUUUGUUUUAAAUGGAGGAAAUAUUUUUUUUUAACUACCAAAGGGGGGGAUGAACUCCUGGACACUGACUGAUCUGUCUAUUAAAUGUGAUGAGGCUGAGAACUGAUAUCAUGGAAGCUCUGGAACUAGACAAAGAAAGGGUUGUGAAUUAACACUAGUUUCCUGCUCUUUGCUUUGCUCGAGUCAGAAUUUAUUUUAUUUUUUAUUUGCAGGAAAGCGAAAACUUUUGUGCACGUUUUUGAGACUGUAGACCUGGGUGCCACAACAUUGUUAAAAAAAAAAAACAGGAAUAAAAGAUGUGAAAUGCUCAAACCACAA